AUGGCUGCAGGAGACACUGGAGAAAGAUCACUAAAAGAGACUCCCACUUGGGCUGUUGCUGUUGUUUGUGCUGUUUUUGUUAUCAUUUCUAUCAUUAUUGAACAUGGAAUCCAUAAACUUGGACAUUGGUUUCAAAAGCGCCAGAAGAAAGCAAUGUCGGAAGCUCUUGAGAAGAUAAAAUCUGAGUUGAUGCUUUUAGGCUUCGUAUCCCUACUGAUCACUUUUGGCCAACAGUAUGUGGUGAAGAUAUGUAUUCCCUCCAAAGCUGGAAACACCAUGCUUCCAUGUAAGAAGCCGGAUGACAAGGGAAAAGGCGCCGGCAAAGGCGAUAAAGGUAAUGGAGGCGGUGAUGGGAGGAAAUUAUUAUGGUACAUUGGAGAGGCAGCGGCGCGCCGUGUGCUUGCCGCGGGAGGAGGUACUGAUCACUGCAGUUCCAAACAUAAGGACAUGGUGCCUUUGAUUACUCAAUCAGGGAUUCAUCAGUUGCACAUUUUCAUUUUUGUAUUGGCUGUUUUUCAUGUUAUCUACAGUGUUCUGACAAUAGUUCUGGCUAAGGCCAAGAUGAGGAAAUGGGCGGCUUGGGAAGAAGAAACAACAUCUCUGCAGUACCAAUUUACAACCGAUCCUUCUAGAUUUAGAUUCGUGCAUCAAACAUCUUUCGUUCGCCAGUAUAGCGGAUAUUCCACGAAGCCUGGAAUCCGAUGGAUUGUGGCAUUUUUCAGGCAAUUCUUCCUCUCUGUGACAAAGGCAGACUACAUGACUAUGAGACAUGGUUUUAUCAAUGCACAUUUUGCUCCUGACAGUAAAUUCAACUUCCACAAAUACAUUAAAAGAUCGAUGGAAGACGAUUUCAAGGAAGUCCUAGGUAUAAGCAUUCCUCUUUGGACAUUCGCAAUCAUCUUUCAGCUUUUAAAUGUCUAUAGAUGGUACUUCCUAGUUGCCAUAUCCUUCCUGCCUCCACUUAUACUAUUAAUCGUGGGCGCGAAGCUCGAGAUAAUCAUCAUGGACAUGGCUCAACAAAUUCAAGAUAAGACGACAGUUGUGAGGGGAGCGCCAGUUGUUGAACCUAGUAACAAGUAUUUCUGGUUCAAUAGACCGCGCUUGAUCCUUGGUUUAAUCCACUUCACCCUAUUCCAGAAUGCAUUCCAAAUGGCUUACUUCCUCUGGAUAUGGUACGAAUUCGGGUUAUCUUCAUGCUUCCACGAGAGAUUGUCAAUAAUAGUAUCCAAAGUUGUUCUUGGAGUAGCAUUUCAGGUCCUGUGUAGCUAUAUCACAUUUCCUUUAUAUGCACUGGUUACUCAAAUGGGAACUCACAUGAAGAGAUCGAUUUUCGAAGAGCAGACGGCAAAAGCACUGAUGAAAUGGCAGAAAGCAGCAAAACAGAGAAGGAAGCAGAGGAAAGCAGAGGAAUCGCAAUCAGGUUAUACGAGUGGGGAUACACAAUCAUCACCACAACCAUUGCUUCACAAAUACAAAACCAAUCCUGACAUUGAGAACAGUUGGAGCUAUCCAACAUCUCCCAGAGCUUACCACUCAGAAACUGACUACUCAGAUUUUGAGGAACCUACAUUCAGUUCCAGGGAUGAUCAGAGUUCAAGGAGGAAUAAGGGACAAAACCAGGAGAUUGCAAUCGCAGAAACUGUUCAAAAAGCAAAUCAGAAUUCGGAUUUCUCUUUCUCCAGAUCAUGA